UGCUGACAAACAGCUCACAUUAGCUCUUGAGGAUGGAUCUGGUCUCCAUGGGGACUGUGAAGAUGUCCCAGAAGUGGAUGCUGAGAUGGGUCGUCCUAUUGGUCGGGCUGCAGUCCGUACAAGCAGACUUUAUGGGAGAUUAUGCAGACAUGGAAAAUCCUAUGGACUUCACCUGGCCGCCAACAACAACACCAAUUUUCCCUCCCAACCUAAACACCGUGAUGGUGACUAGAGAAUCAAAUCCUGAUCAUCAGUCCACGAUCUGCAGCGCGUGGGGAAAUUUCCACUUCAAGACAUUCGACGGUCAUUUCUUUCAAGUGCCAGACACGUGCAACUACGUUCUGGCGGUGAUGUGUGACAGCACACCAUCUGAUUUUAACAUCCAAAUGCAAAGAGAGAUUGUGAAUGGCUCAAUCGUUUUUAGCAAAAUCACAAUAGAUCUACAGGAGGCAGUCAUUAAACUCACCGACAACGACGUCAUGAUGGACGGCAAAGUAUUGAAUAAUUCAGCCUAUAAAAAUGGAAUAACAGUCGAGUUGAGCACAUCAAGUGUUAAGAUCUCUAACAAACAUGGAGUGACUGUCUUUUGGGAGAAGGACCAAUCUUUAUUGAUUGAACUGUCUGAAAAGUAUCAAGGUCAGACCUGUGGACUCUGUGGAAACUACAAUGGCAAACAGGCUGAUGAUUCAGUUGACAAAGAUGUUUCUAAUCUGGUCAAAUGGAAGGUGUCUUCCCUUGAAUCCUGUGGCGACAUCAAUCUUCCCCUUAAUAAUCAGUGCAAAAAUCAGACAAGUGUUUGCCAGCAGUAUCUCAGAAGUCCAGGGUUUAGCGACUGUUACAAUGUGAUGAACAUGGGUUCAUUUGAAGAGGCCUGUGUGAACGACCUGUGUCAAUGUUACGGCAAUCACGACUGUCUCUGCAACACACUCACGGAGAUUUCACGACAGUGCACACAUGCUGGAGGAAAUCCAGGAACAUGGAGGACAGACCAGCUCUGCCCAAAGACAUGUCCUCUAAACAUGCAAUACCUGGAGUGUGGAAGUCCGUGCAAGAACACCUGCAAAGAUCCAACCGCAACUCUAAUGUGCAACGAACACUGUGUGGACGGCUGUUUCUGCCCUGAAGGCACCGUUGAGGAUGACAUUGGUAACAACGGUUGUGUCCCUGUGAACGACUGCCCAUGUGAGCACAAUGGCAACAUAUACUCAUCAGGAAUGUCAUACACACAAGCUUGUAAAACAUGUGUGUGUGCGGCUGGAUAUUGGAGCUGCACGGAUCUGGAAUGUCCCGGAAUCUGCUCUGUUGUGGGAGGGUCUCACAUCACCACUUACGAUGGAAAAAAAUUUACUUUUAAUGGGAACUGUGACUACUUCCUCACUAAGCAUUCUAAUGACAGUGAUAUUGCUGUCGUGGGAAAUCUGGCAGUGUGUGGUCCGGGCCGAACAGACACAUGUCUAAAUUCAGUGACCCUUGUCAUCUCGGGGAGCACUAUUAGUUUUUCCUCCAGUGGAUCCGUUUUAAUGAAUAGUCGUCCAUAUCUGCUUCCUGUCCUUGAAGGUCCUGUGAGCAUCUUCCAGCCCUCUUCCUCCUUCAUUAUUGCUGAUAUGAAGAGUCUUCGUCUAGAGAUCCAGUUGGCUCCAGUCAUGCAGUUGUAUAUUAUAGCCAGCACUGAAGAGAAAGGAAAAAUGAGUGGUCUCUGUGGAAACUAUAACGACAUUCAAGAAGACGACUUUAAAACGGAAUCAGGCAUUACAGAGGGCACACCAAUAACAUUUGUCAACUUUUGGAAGAAAAACUUGUUCAGUUGUACAGAUGACAAAAACACUUUUUUCACAGAAAAUCCCUGUAGCGUGAUUUCACAGACAGAGAAAAUAGCUGAAGACUGGUGUUCCCGUCUCACAAACCCAAAUGGGACCUUUUCCGAAUGUCACUCAGAAAUAAAUCCUGAGAUGUACUACAAAUGGUGCGUCUAUGACACCUGCAAGUGUGCAGAUAUUAAAAAGUGUAUGUGUGCGGCCGUGUCCACGUAUGCCCACGCAUGUGCUGCCAAAGGAGUCAUUCUCCAGGGCUGGAUGGAUUCAGACCCCUGUGGUGAGAACUUCAUGUAGACUGAGUGUCCAGGAAACAUGAAGUACUCUUACGGAGUGACCAGCUGUGGAAGCAGCUGCCGCUCUCUCAGUGUACACGAUAACACCUGCCAAGGGUCCUUCACACCUGUAGAUGGCUGUGUCUGUCCUGAUGGAACAUACCUCAAUGAAGCCGGCAGCUGUGUACUCGCAGACCAGUGUCCUUGUUACUAUGGUGACAAGGUCAUAGACGCAUCAGGAAUAUUCUACAAUAAUGGUGUUAAAUGCAAAUGUAACCAUGGCAAAUUGAACUGCUCAAGACAAGCAGACUGUGUAGAUCCAAUGGUCUUCUUCAACUGCACAAAUCCUGGAACAAGAGGGACAGAGUGUCAGAGGACGUGUGAGAAACAAGACCUGAACAAUUGUGUGAGCACAGGGUGUGUAUCAGGGUGUAUGUGUCCAGACGGCCUUCUGGCUGAUGGCAAAGGUGGGUGUGUGAGGAGGGAAAAAUGUAGUUGUACCCACAAUGGAGUCUCCUAUUCUCCUGGGGGCCAAGUUCAGCAGGACUGUAACAAAUGCACAUGCACAAAUGGGAUGUGGAGUUGUACAGAUAAAGAGUGUUACGGCACCUGUACCAUCUACGGUGAAGGUCAUUUCAAGACUUUUGAUGGCAGGAAAUAUUCCUUCCACGGAGACUGUAAACACACCUUAGCCCAUGAUAAUUGUAAUAUGGACCACCUGACUCCCACCUUCCGCCUUGUCACAGAGAACACACUCUGUGAGACGGGCACCUUCUGCAAGUCAAUCAGUCUCUCCUUUGGGCGACAUGAGAUACAAUUAUCAGAAGAUGGAGUAAAAAUUGGUGAAAGCAAUGGCACGGAUUACCAAUAUCACAUCCAUUCUGCUGGGAUAUAUAUUGUCACAGAGGUUGAUGGUCUUUUAAACUUAAUCUGGGACAAUAAAACAAGCCUGAUGCUCCAACUCCAUCCCAAAUUUAAGGGCAAGGUGUGUGGACUGUGUGGAAACUUUGAUGGUAAUGCAAACAAUGACUUUAUGAAGCACAAUGGAGAAGUGGUGACAGAUUCAGAGGAAUUUGGGAAUAGCUGGAAGUUGAAACUCACAUGCCCAGAUGUGACAGACGCAAAUGACCUUUGUAUAGAACAUCCACAUCGGAAGACAUGGGCUGAGAAACGAUGCAGCAUCAUUAAAAACGAAGUCUUUAAAGAAUGUAAUGCAUAUGUGGACUCUGGCCCAUACUAUGAUGCCUGUCUAAGGGACACCUGUGCAUGUGACAGCAGUGACUGUGAUUGUCUCUGUACUGCAGUGGCAGCUUAUGCUGCUGAAUGCCGUAAAAAAAACAUUUGUGUGACAUGGCGGAGUCCAAGCUUUUGCCCUUUAUUCUGUGACUAUUACAACUCCAUUGGCGAAUGUGAUUGGCACUAUAAAUCCUGUGGACCAACUUGCAUAAAAACCUGCAGAAACCCAUCAGGAACCUGCUCUGAUCAAAUUCCUCCUCUUGAAGGAUGUUUUCCUGAGUGCCCUUUAAAUAAGCCAUUUUUUAAUGAGAUGACCAUGAAGUGUGUUGAUUUUUGUUCAACCACAACAACCACAACAACAACGACACCUACAACAACUUCCACUACAACAACAACUACUGUAGCAACAACAUCAACAGCGACACCUACAACCACGUCCACUACAACAACAACUACUGAAACAACAACAUCAACAACAACAUCAACAACUUCCAUUACUACUACACCAACUAUUGGAACAUCGACAGCUACAUCGACAGAAACACCAUCUACAACUAGUACAACUACUGGUACAACAACACCCAUCAUCUGGUCAACAUCUACAUCAACAGAGACAACCACAACUGAAAUAUCGACACCUACUUCAACAGCAACACCAUCUACACUUAGUACAACAACACCUCGCAUAUGUGAUUCUAGUUGUAAGUGGUCAGGCUGGUUUGACAGUAACGAACCCAGCACAGAUCCACAAGGAUCGGAAAUCGAAUCCAUUAAUGCUUUGUGGACUUCGAAACAAAUAAACUGCCAGAAACCAAAAGAAAUUAAAUGCAGGGCGGUAGAUUAUCCAGAUUUGACAUUGGAAGCGUUGCAGCAAACCGUGCAUUGCAAUGCAUCAUAUGGCCUAAAAUGUUUCAAUCGAGAAAAUGCACAUCGAAUGAAACCAAAUUGUCAUAACUACGAAAUAAGUGUAUGUUGCAUUGAAAACUGUUCUACAACCCCUUCCAUUACGACACCUACACCUUUUACAACAACAUCAACCAAGACACCUACAACCACUUCUACUGCUACAACAACUACUGUAACAACAACAACUACAGAGACAGAAACAACUCCUUCCUCAACAACAUCAACAACUUCCAUUACUACAACACCAACUAUUGGAACAUCGACACCUACAUCGACAGAAACACCAUCUACAACUAGUACAACUACUGGUACAACAACACCCAUCAUCUGGUCAACAUCCACAUCAACAGAGACAACCACAACUGAAAUAUCGACACCUACUUCAACAGCAACACCAUCUACACUUAGUACAACACCACCUCGCAUAUGUGAUUCUAGUUGUAAGUGGUCAGGCUGGUUUGACAGUAACGAACCUAGCACAGAUCCACAAGGAUCGGAAAUCGAAUCCAUUAAUGCUUUGUGGACUUCGAAACAAAUAAACUGCCAGAAACCAAAAGAAAUUAAAUGCAGGGCGGUAGAUUAUCCAGAUUUGACCUUGGAAGCGUUGCAGCAAACCGUGCAUUGCAAUGCAUCAUAUGGCCUAAAAUGUUUCAAUCGAGAAAAUGCACAUCGAAUGAAACCAAAUUGUCAUAACUAUGAAAUAAGUGUAUGUUGCAUUGAAAACUGUUCUACAACCCCUUCCAUUACGACACCUACACCUUUUACAACAACAUCAACCAAGACACCUACAACCACUUCUACUGCUACAACAACUACUGUAACAACAACAUCUACAGAGACAGAAACAACUCCUUCCUCAACAACAUCAACAACUUCCAUUACUACAACACCAACUAUUGGAACAUCGACACCUACAUCGACAGAAACACCAUCUACAACUAGUACAACUACUGACACCUACAACCACUUCUACUGCUACAACAACUACUGUAACAACAACAUCUACAGAGACAGAAACAACUCCUUCCUCAACAACAUCAACAACUUCCAUUACUACAACACCAACUAUUGGAACAUCGACACCUACAUCGACAGAAACACCAUCUACAACUAUGUAUGUUGCAUUGAAAACUGUUCUACAACCCCUUCCAUUACGACACCUACACCUUUUACAACAACAUCAACCAAGACACCUACAACCACUUCUACUGCUACAACAACUACUGUAACAACAUCUACAGAGACAGAAACAACUCCUUCCUCAACAACAUCAACAGUGACACCUACAACCACUUCCACCCCUACAACAACUACUGUAACAACAUCUACAGAGACAGAAUCAACACCUUCCUCAACAACAUCAACAGUGACACCUACAACCACUUCCACCCCUACAACAACUACUGAAACAACAACUACAGAGACCGAAUCAACACCUUCCUCAACAACAUCAACAGAGACACCUACAACUACUUCCACUCCUACAACAACUACUGAAACAACAACUACAGAGACCGAAUCCACACCUUCCUCAACAACAUCAACAGUGACACCUACAACUACUUCCACCCCUACAACAACUACUGUAACAACAUCUACAGAGACAGAAACAACUCCUUCCUCAACAACAUCAACAGUGACACCUACAACCACUUCCACCCCUACAACAACUACUGAAACAACAACUACAGAGACCGAAUCCACACCUUCCUCAACAACAUCAACAGUGACACCUACAACUACUUCCACCCCUACAACAACUACUGUAACAACAUCUACAGAGACAGAAUCAACACCUUCCUCAACAUCAACAGUGACACCUACAACCACUUCCACUCCUACAACAACUACUGAAACAACAACUACAGAGACCGAAUCAACACCUUCCUCAACAACAUCAACAGAGACACCUACAACUACUUCCACCCCUACAACAACUACUGCAACAACAUCUACAGAGACCGAAUCCACACCUUCCUCAACAUCAACAGUGACACCUACAACCACUUCCACUCCUACAACAACUACUGAAACAACAACUACAGAGACCGAAUCCACACCUUCCUCAACAACAUCAACAGUGACACCUACAACCACUUCCACUCCUACAACAACUACUGAAACAACAUCUACAGAGACAGAAUCCACACCUUCCUCAACAACAUCAACAGUGACACCUACAACUACUUCCACCCCUACAACAACUACUGUAACAACAUCUACAGAGACCGAAUCCACACCUUCCUCAACAACAUCAACAGUGACACCUACAACUACUUCCACCCCUACAACAACUACUGUAACAACAUCUACAGAGACAGAAUCAACACCUUCCUCAACAUCAACAGUGACACCUACAACCACUUCCACUCCUACAACAACUACUGAAACAACAACUACAGAGACCGAAUCAACACCUUCCUCAACAACAUCAACAGUGACACCUACAACCACUUCCACUCCUACAACAACUACUGUAACAACAUCUACAGAGACAGAAUCGACACCUUCCUCAACAUCAACAGUGACACCUACAACCACUUCCACCCCUACAACAACUACUGAAACAACAACUACAGAGACAGAAUCAACACCUUCCUCAACAACAUCAACAGUGACACCUACAACCACUUCUACCUCUACAACAACUACUGUAACAACAACUACAGAGACCGAAUCAACACCUUCCUCAACAACAUCAACAGUGACACCUACAACCACUUCCACUCCUACAACAACUACUGUAACAACAACUACAGAGACCGAAUCAACACCUUCCUCAACAACAUCAACAGUGACACCUACAACCACUUCCACUCCUACAACAACUACUGUAACAACAACUACAGAGACCGAAUCAACACCUUCCUCAACAACAUCAACAGUGACACCUACAACCACUUCCACUCCUACAACAACUACUGUAACAACAACUACAGAGACAGAAUCGACACCUUCCUCAACAACAUCAACAGUGACACCUACAACCACUUCCACCCCUACAACAACUACUGUAACAACAUCUACAGAGACAGAAUCGACACCUUCCUCAACAACAUCAACAGUGACACCUACAACCACUUCCACCCCUACAACAACUACUGUAACAACAACUACAGAGACCGAAUCAACACCUUCCUCAACAACAUCAACAGUGACACCUACAACCACUUCCACUCCUACAACAACUACUGUAACAACAUCUACAGAGACAGAAUCAACACCUUCCUCAACAUCAACAGUGACACCUACAACCACUUCCACUCCUACAACAACUACUGAAACAACAACUACAGAGACCGAAUCAACACCUUCCUCAACAACAUCAACAGAGACACCUACAACUACUUCCACCCCUACAACAACUACUGUAACAACAUCUACAGAGACAGAAUCAACACCUUCCUCAACAUCAACAGUGACACCUACAACUACUUCCACCCCUACAACAACUACUGAAACAACAUCUACAGAGACAGAAUCAACACCUUCCUCAACAACAUCAACAGUGACACCUACAACCACUUCCACCCCUACAACAACUACUGAAACAACAUCUACAGAGACAGAAUCAACACCUUCCUCAACAACAUCAACAGAGACACCUACAACUACUUCCACCCCUACAACAACUACUGAAACAACAACUACAGAGACCGAAUCAACACCUUCCUCAACAACAUCAACAGUGACACCUACAACCACUUCCACUCCUACAACAACUACUGUAACAACAUCUACAGAGACAGAAUCGACACCUUCCUCAACAUCAACAGUGACACCUACAACCACUUCCACCCCUACAACAACUACUGAAACAACAACUACAGAGACAGAAUCAACACCUUCCUCAACAACAUCAACAGUGACACCUACAACCACUUCUACCUCUACAACAACUACUAUAACAACAAGAACAUCUACAAAGACAGAAACAUCACCUUCAUCAAUUCCUGCAACACCAACAUCGGCAAAGACACCUACGACCACUUCCAGUAAUACGACAACUACUGGAACAACAACAUCCAUAAAGACAGAAUCCAAAACUACACCUGGCUUUACUUCAACCAAGUCUCCUUCACACUCCACAACCAGCAGUAGUACUACCCCAUGUAACCCAGAGUGUGAACCAGUAGAUGAAACCAAAAUGUACUGUGUCAAUGGAUUUCCACCUGAGAAAGUGUAUUAUAACAAUGGCUCCUGCUGCAAGUAUGAGUGUUUAUGCAAAUGCAACAGCUGGGGUGACCCUCAUUAUAAAACCUUUGAUGGAUAUUAUUAUACUUUCCAAGGAAACUGCACAUAUGUUUUGUUUCAAGAAAUCAUCCCAAGAUACAAUAUCAGUGUCCACGUUAAAAACUUUUAUUGUGAUGUAAAAAAAAAUCUUGCCUGCCCUGAGUAUGUCAUUGUAAAUUACAAAUCCCAUCAAAUCAAGCUGACAAGCAACACUACUAAAGUUCAGGUCUAUGUUAAUGAUUCAAUGAUAAAGCCAACCUUCCAGCUGGGAGAUAUAAUCAUCAGCACUACUGACUUUGCAGUGCUUUUGAAUGUGUCUGAUAUUAAAGUUGAGAUUUUAGUUGGUAAUCUUGCUGUCUCUGUCAAACUCCCAUUCUCGUACUUCCAUGGUAAUACUGAGGGACAUUGUGGGGUUUGUGACAAUAGCACAGCAAAUGACUGCAGGCUACCUAACGGAACAGUUGACACAUCUUGUGAACACAUGGCACAGUUGUGGAUGGUACCCCCAGGAUGCAAUGCUCCUAAUUCAACUAUAAAUAUACCAAAGUGUCCAUCGGAAAUGACCAAAGCCUGUGAACUCAUCAAGGGAAAAUUAUUUGAACAAUGCCAUGGGAUUGUUCCAUUUAAAAGCUAUUAUGAGGCAUGCAAAUUUGAUGUGUGUUCCCUUAAAAAUGAGUCUGUUGCGUGUAUCAGCCUGGAGACCUAUGCACAGGAAUGUGGCCUGCAGUCUGUUUGUGUGGACUGGAGAAACUCAGCCGACCUCAAAGGGCUAUGCGAGUACAAGUGCCCAAGUAACAAAGUCUACAAGGCAUGUGGGCCUAAAAUAGAAAAAACUUGCAGUACAAGAUACAAUGAUAAGUUUGUGGAGAAAGAUUGCCAAGGCAAAGAUUGUGAAAACACACUCAUGGAAGGUUGUUUCUGUCCUGACAACACAUAUCGAGUUAGUUCUACGACAGAUAAAUGUACACCAAACUGCGAUUGCAUGGGCCCUGAUGGGUUACCUAGACUGCCCGGGGAUACAUGGACCUUCAACUGUACCAGAUACAGCUGCUCCAGUGACACCUUUGGUAUUACGAAAGAAAAGAUUAUGUGUCCCACCAUUGAACCCUGUGGCAAAGAAUACAAAACAACAACUGAAAACUGCUGUCCAACUUGUGUGUGUGAUUUCGAGCUGUGUCUUAAGAAGAAAUGUGAUGUGGGAUUUGAGUUGUCAACGAAUACGCCUAUUAAUAGCUGCUGUCCACCCUGUGUUCGCAAAGACGUCUGUGUGUACAAUAACACUGAAUACAAGCCUGGAGUUAAAAUCCCUACGGAGCUUUGUGUGGAAUGUUACUGUGAAAUGGACAAAGACCCACAGACUCAACUACAUAAUGUGACAUGUUUUACUAAAGUCUGUGCACCUUGUGCUGAGGGCUCUGAAUAUGUGAAACAAGAAGGAGAGUGCUGUGGAACAUGUGUACCAAAGAACUGUACUUACAUGGCGGACAACACUACACAUACUCUCAGGGUUGGAGAAGUCUACAGUUCCAAAUGUGAAAAUGUAUCCUGUCGUGAAAUUAAUGGCUCGCUUGUGACUGAGAAGAGUAUAAGAGAAUGUCCUUACACGAGUUCACUUAGCUGUGGGCCUGGGCAAUCAUAUGUGAAAAACGUUGGAGAGUGCUGUGGAACGUGUACACAAGUGGAAUGUCUAUAUGAUGCCCCAGACAACACAAGGCAUACUCUCAAGGUUCAUGAGGGGUACAAAUUCAAAUGUACAACUGCUAACUGCAUUAAAGUGAAUGACUCAUUUGCUAUUGUGGAGAGCAUUAAAACAUGCCCUAAAUUUAAUCCAGUGUACUGUGAGCCAGGAACAAUUAAAUUUGACCAGGAUGGAUGUUGUGAAAUCUGUGAACCCACAAACUGUGUGCUUGGGAAGAACGUCACCCGUCUGCGUUACGAUAAUUGCACUUCCAUUGAUAAUGUUGAAGUCACUUCCUGCACUGGCCAGUGUGACAGCAAAUCACUGUAUUCGAUGGAAAAGAACAGCAUGAACCACACCUGUUCUUGCUGCCAGGAGAAGAAAUCCAGCAAACGACAGGUGAUGCUGAAGUGUGCCAAUAGCAGCGAGAUCCUUCAUCACUACAUGUAUGUUGAGAGCUGCACAUGCACCGAAUGUGUGGACAAGAAUAACUCUGGAUAAAAAGAUCCUGCUUGACUUCUGCUGAUUUAAAAGUGACUCAAUCGGUCACUAAAAAGCAACAAUUUUAAAAUGUAUUAUUGAAAAUGACAACAAUGAUUUAAGCUGAUUGUUGUAGUGCAUUAUAGCUAAAAUUAUUUUGGCAAAUAUUGCACCACUUAUUUUUUCUUUGUGGUUUCAUCAAGGGGGAAAGUUAACUCUAAGCAUGAUUUAUUUAGUCAGUUCUUGAAGGGGGCAUUUUUGUAUUCUUUAGACUCUCUGGUAGCUAAUGCAUGAUUUAAUGAUGUACUUUUCUUUCCAAUGAAAUGAAUUCAAAUUAAAAUAAAGCAUAAUAAAGAGCAUCAA